AUGUUCAGAAGAGCCCCACAACUCACUUUCAAGAGAUUCAACUCGCACGGCCACGGCUACGGCGUUUCCAAGCUCAUAAGCGAAGCUGCCUAUGCCCCAGCCAAAGUCAACAAGGCCGCUGGAGAAGCCUUUGUCAAGAACUACGAAGAAAAAGUCCACCACUCUGAGGGUAUCACCAAGUUGUGGAAGAGAAUCACUUACCUCAUUGCUAUCCCAGCUGUUCUCAUCACUUCUAUCCCAGUAGGUAACGUUGAAUUGAAGCAUGCUGAACACAGAGAACACUUGAAGCACCUUACUGACGAGGAAUGGCAAGUUCAAUACGACUACCAGAACUUGAGACAGCACAGAUUCUUCUGGGGUGACGGUGACAAGACCUUGUUCUGGAACUCUGAUGUCAACAGACACAUCCAAGCCGACUAAGCGUCGUGGUUUCGUCACUUUUCCAUAUUCAAUGGCGUCUGUCUGUUGAAAGCAUCAUAUUAUUAUUCUCCAAGCACACUGGCAUUUCUAAUAGGACAGUGCAAAUGUAUGCGUUAGCUUUUAUAUCAUUUUAUUACAUCGCUGAAAUUUAUGAACUCUAUUCUUGCUGUGCACCUAGUAGACAAUAAAUGUUCUAUCAGAAAUAUUUCACUAUGACAUGGAUCAAAGCUACGAUGUAGAAAUAUAAUCAGGCAGCUUCCAUAUACCUAGAAAAGAUGUAAGACUCUACACUAUCAUGAACUUGUAAAUCAAUGCUAUGGUUAUGAUAUAUGCUUGUGCAUCGUAACCUAGAGUUUAAUGUUAUAGCAUUUCAAAAUACAAUUACCUACACUCUUUUAUAAAUACGUAUAUUAUAGUCUUUAAUGAAAUAUGUCAA